AUGAGUGAAUUGUGUCCAGUUUAUGCUCCAUUUUUUGGUGCCAUGGGUUGUGCUUGUGCAAUCGUUUUCACCUGUUUCGGUGCUGCUUAUGGUACUGCUAAAUCUGGUGUGGGUAUUUGUGCCACCUGUGUUUUGAGACCUGACUUGUUGAUCAAGAAUGUUGUUCCAGUUAUUAUGGCUGGUAUUAUCGCCAUUUAUGGUUUGGUCGUUUCUGUCUUGGUUUCUUCCUCUUUAAAGCAAACACAAGCUCUUUACACUGGUUUCAUUCAACUAGGUGCAGGUUUAUCAGUCGGUUUAAGUGGUUUAGCAGCUGGUUUUGCCAUUGGUAUUGUCGGUGAUGCAGGUGUUAGAGGUGUUGCUCAACAACCAAGAUUAUUUGUCGGUAUGAUUUUGAUCUUGAUUUUUGCUGAAGUUUUAGGUCUUUAUGGUUUGAUUGUCGCCCUAUUGAUGAACUCUAGAGCUGUUCAAGAUGUCAUUUGUUAA